CUAGUGAAUACUAUUUGCAUUUAAAACAGAACGUCCCCCUUCUCUUCCCUUUGCACAUUAUUUUUUGCUCUCUGCUCUUUAAAACCUCCAUUGUCAAGAAAGAGAGAGACUCCGAGCAGUGUGCGAAGAUGUCUUCUCUGGAUAAGAGGAGUCGAAGCUUUCCUUCGAUAACAGAAUGCAAAGACGGAGGAGAGUAUGACUCGAUCGCCGCCGAUCUUGACGGGACUCUGCUGCUCUCAAGAAGCUCGUUCCCUUACUUCAUGCUCGUCGCAGUCGAAGCUGGAAGCCUAUUCCGUGGACUAAUUCUCCUUCUCUCGUUACCUUUCGUCAUUGUUUCUUACCUCUUCAUAUCCGAGUCUGUCGGUAUCCAAAUCCUCAUCUUCAUCUCCUACGCUGGUCUCAAAAUCCGCGACAUCGAGCUCGUCUCCCGCGCCGUUCUUCCAAGGUUUUACGCGGCGGAUGUGAGGAAAGACAGUUUUGAGGUGUUUGAUAAGUGUAAGAGGAAAGUGGUAGUGACGGCGAAUCCGGUAGUGAUGGUGGAGGCCUUUGUGAAAGAUUAUCUCGGAGGAGACAAAGUUUUGGGAACAGAGAUUGAAGUCAACCCCAAAACCAAUAGAGCCACUGGAUUCGUGAAGAAGCCUGGUGUUCUUGUCGGUGAUCUCAAGAGGUUAGCCGUUUUGAAAGAGUUUGGCAGCGAAUCUCCCGACAUCGGCCUCGGUGAUCGAACCUCCGACCACCAUUUCAUGUCUAUCUGCAAGAAAGGUUACAUGGUUCAUGCGACCAAGUCAGCCACAACAAUUCCAAAAGAAUGUUUAAAGAAGCGCAUAAUCUUCCACGACGGGCGUUUAGUGCAACGUCCAACCCCGUUAAACGCCAUUAUCAUAUACCUCUGGCUUCCCUUUGGUUUCCUCCUCUCCAUCUUUCGCGUCUACUUCAACCUCCCAUUACCUGAACGCUUUGUCCGUUACACUUACGAGAUGCUUGGGAUUCACUUAACCAUUCGUGGCCACCGUCCUCCGCCUCCUUCCCCCGGAAAUCCCGGAAACCUCUAUGUCCUCAACCACCGUACGGCACUUGAUCCCAUCAUCGUUGCCAUUGCUCUUGGACGCAAGAUCAACUGCGUCACUUACAGUGUAUCUCGUCUUUCCCUUCUGCUCUCUCCUAUUCCUGCUGUUGCACUCACCCGCGACCGUGUUGCUGACGCUGCCCGCAUGAGAAAAAUUCUCGAGAAAGGCGACUUGGUGAUAUGUCCGGAAGGCACGACGUGCAGAGAAGAGUAUCUGCUGAGAUUUAGCGCUCUAUUCGCGGAGCUAAGCGACAGGAUCGUGCCAGUAGCGAUGAACUGUAAACAAGGAAUGUUCAACGGGACGACGGUGAGGGGUGUGAAGUUCUGGGACCCUUACUUCUUCUUCAUGAACCCGAGACCGAGCUACGAAGCCACUUUCUUGGAUCGCUUGCCCGAAGAAAUGACUGUCAAAGGCGGUGGCAAGACUCCGUUCGAGGUGGCCAAUUACGUCCAGAAAGUUAUCAGCGCUGUCUUGGGAUUCGAGUGCACCGAACUUACUCGCAAGGAUAAGUAUCUUUUGCUUGGAAAUAAUGACGGCAGGGUGGAGUCAAUCAACAACUCUAACAAGUGAAAAAUACAAAACACUAAAGGGUUUUAUUUUUGUUGUCUAGUUAAUUGCCAUUGGCUUGGUAGUGAAGCUAGGUCAUAUACGAAUUUUCAUAUGUCAUUGCGGGGAUAUUAUCAUCAUUAUGGUAGAUUGGUGGAUAAAGGAAAGGUUUUUGAGUAGAAGAUGAAUUUCAGCAUUUGCUAUUGUAUUUUUCUAUAUAUCUUAUUUUUUUAAUAAUAUAUUACUAAUGUAGAAAGAGGGGGUUCAUCUUUCCCUAAAAGCUAUUUUGUAUAUGGGAUGAGUAUGAAGGAAACUCUAUAUCUAA